AUGCGCCUGAUUGAAUUCCAUUCCACAGAGUGCGAGGAUUGGCAACCUAGUAACACAGAAUCCCAUCAACUUUCCACAGAGGUACGUGUAACAACAACCACCACCGCAACAACAACUGCACACCACAAAUCAAUUCCCGCUGGCACCUCACAGACAAUACGCAACACAAAUCUGGCUAAACAAACACCUGAGGAUGAUGAAGAGCAACAUAGCACAGACCACACACAACAGACCGACAGCUAUCCCAACAAUAAAACGUCAAGCGAACGAGUCGCAUCGAUCAGGAAUUUGAGUGACGAAAUCGUCGGUCCAACAACGGAGGUCGACAACAGUAUCCAAACGACCACAUCCCAAACGGUGCGUUGGAGCAACGGCCGCUCAGACGUGAUCCCAAGUUCAGAGGAUGGAAGACCAUCCUCCAGUUUGGUAGUAAGUGCGCCCGCAACUCCGAACAAACUCGGUUAUUCCAUCACCACCACCGCUACCACCGCGAUGGGAUCAAGCGCCCAAACAAGCCUCCUCCAGACUGCCUCAGAAACUGUCUUGAGAAAUUCAGUUCACGCCGGACAAUCUGAUACUCCGAAGACAGACAUAAGCUCCAAUACAACAGUGUCAUUUUCGACAAGAAAUACGGAGGCUUUGGGGAAAGGCGAAAGUGCAUUGCACUCUCAAAACGCAACACGAACUGGGACAGGACACAAGACACAGACGACGGUCGGAGUGAAUGCGUUGUCGGACGCCAAGUCGGAUGUGAGACAGCAAGAAACCAGACCAUCGGACACCAUCUCAUCAGUUGAAACAAGUACUCAGCAGACGAGCGUGACUCAGCAGACACUUCAUUCCGCAUUGACAACAACCGCUACAAUUUUCAAAGCGAAAUAUUCAACUACACGGGCUAGUUCAACGGUAUUCUCAUCGGAGGCACCUACAUCCGGUCAAAUUGCGUUCCAGGAAACAACGGUUCCCGUCAUCUUACCAGUCGAGGAAGAGAAACAGGCACCGUCAACCACAUUCACAGCUAAAAUAUCGACCCCAAGCAGGAAGCCAGGAUGUCUGCUGGUUAACGUAAAAAUAUUCUGCAUUGUGAUCCCAGUCUAUCGUCUUCAACCUGACUCCGGAAACACAAACCACUACCCCAACAUAGGACAGACCAAAGUCGUUCAUUUGUUGUCCGUUUUGAUGCUGUGGGUUGUGCUUCACUACGAGGAACCUGGAAGCAGUUCCGUGGAACCAACUGAAGAUUGUCGAAGCUAA